UUGUGAGUGUGUGCGCGUCCAUAAAGGGGAGGUCUCAAGACCUUUAUAUAGCAGCAGAUCUGACACUGAGCUACUCUGUGUUUGCACAGCAUUUGAACAACACACAAGGACAAGCCAAACAUAUCCAAGAAACUCUACAAAAGAAAAACAUCUCCCAGCAGAAUGCAUUACCCAGGUAUCUUGGUGAUCUUCGCCCUUUGCGGCUCCAGCUUGUGCAACCUCUUCCACGAUCAACAGACAGAUUUUGGGCUGCGAGUGUUUUCUGAAGCUGCUCAAUCGGCCCCAGACAGAAACUUGGCGCUCUCUCCAUAUGGCAUCUCGUCAGUGCUUGGAAUGGCUCAGCUGGGUGCCCAUGGCAGCACCAUUCAACUGCUUGCCUCCAAGAUGGGUUUCAAUUUGCAAGCACGAGGAAUGCCAAAGCUGCAGAGGCUUCUUCAGAGAGAUCUGGCCAGCGAGGAUGGAGUAGAAAUUGCUAAUGGUGUCAUGGUAGACAGGAAAGUAGUCUUGGAAAAGAUCUUUAGACGCAGCCUGGGCAAAGCCUUCCAAAGCGCCCCACACCAAAUAGACUUCAGCCAGCCAGAGCAUGCCCGGCAGGUGAUCAACUCCUGGGUAUCUGACCACACUGGUGAAAUGAUUCCUGACUUCCUCCCAUCUGGUGUGCUGAGUGAGGAGACACGCUUGGUCCUGUUGAAUGCUCUUCACUUUCAUGGACUUUGGAAGAUGCCUUUUGACCCCGAACUGACUGUGGAACAGCUCUUCCACAGAGUAAAUGGCAGUGCUGUAUCUGUUCCAAUGAUGAAGACACUUCAAAAAUUCAACUAUGGUGACUUUAUAACUACUGACGGUGUGGACUAUGAUGUCAUUGAGGUGCCUUAUGAGCAGGAGUCACUGAGUAUGUUUCUGGUGACACCAUUUGAGAGGGAUGUGCCUCUGGUGGCUUUAAACCAAGAGCUGACAAGUAGCAAGAUUAAACAAUGGAGAACAGAGAUGAGAAGAGUUAACAAGCAACUAGCCAUUCCAAGGUUUUCAAUGGAUACAGAAAUUGACUUGAAGUCCACACUGAUUAAAAUGGGACUUGGAGACCUCUUCAGUCAGAGCAAAGCCGAUUUCUCUCGCAUCACCACCGAGGAACCAUUAUGCAUAUCCAAGAUCCUUCAGAGAGUAAAAAUUGAGGUUAAUGAAGAAGGAACCAAAGGCUCAUCUGCCACAGCUGCUGUAGUUUUUGCCCGCAUGGCCGUAGAGGAGAUCACACUUGAUCGGCCGUUCUACUUCCUCAUUCAACACAAGCCAACUGGUGCGAUGUUAUUCAUGGGUCAGGUUAAUCAGCCUCACGAACACUAAUACAAAUACAAGCCGAAGGACCAAUGCAGCUGCCAACAAGCCUGCUGGCAACAUACUACUGAAGACAAGAGAUGCUUAGAGUUCCAUUAUAUAAAAUGGGAAAAGUCAGAAAAUCCCUUUAUCUGUAACUCAGUCAUCGUCUAGAAAUGCCAAGGCUUUAAAGGGAAUGUACAAACAAGGCUAUUCAGUGUGUGUUCUAUCUAUGCUACAUAUCUCUGCUAUGAUGGAGGACAGUUACAGACCAUGAAGAAAACAUUAAUAAUGUUACAUCAAAAUAUGUAUAUCAGCAUAUGUUUAGAGAUUUACAAAUGCAUUAAUUUAAAGAUUUAAACAUACCUGAACAUUUCUACAUGCACUUACCAUUUAAACUUGCUAUUCAAAUUAUGUUUGUUUGUUUGUCCUAUGUUUGUUUUUGUAAGAAGAACAUUGCAAUAUUUAUAAUAAUUUAUUGUCUUUGUAUAAUGGAGAUUGUAUUUUAUAAUAAAAGUACACAUACGUGAACAUGAAA